GUCAGCAGAUCAGGAAGUUAAUUAAGGAUGGGCUGAUCAUCCGCAAACCGGUGACCGUUCACUCCCGGGCCCGGUGCAGGAAGAACACCCUGGCCCGCAGGAAGGGCAGGCACAUGGGCAUUGGUAAGAGGAAGGGCACAGCCAACGCUCGCAUGCCCGAGAAGGUGACCUGGAUGAGGAGGAUGAGGAUCCUGAGGCGCCUGCUCCGCAGAUACCGGGAGUCCAAGAAGAUCGACCGCCACAUGUGGAGUUUUCUUCCCACAGGUCAGCAGAUCAGGAAGUUAAUUAAGGAUGGGCUGAUCAUCCGCAAACCGGUGACCGUUCACUCCCGGGCCCGGUGCAGGAAGAACACCCUGGCCCGCAGGAAGGGCAGGCACAUGGGCAUUGGUAAGAGGAAGGGCACAGCCAACGCUCGCAUGCCCGAGAAGGUGACCUGGAUGAGGAGGAUGAGGAUCCUGAGGCGCCUGCUCCGCAGAUACCGGGAGUCCAAGAAGAUCGACCGCCACAUGUACCACAGCCUGUACCUGAAGGUGAAGGGCAACGUGUUCAAGAACAAGCGGAUCCUGAUGGAGCACAUCCACAAGCUCAAGGCAGACAAAGCUCGCAAGAAGCUCCUGGCGGACCAGGCUGAAGCUCGCAGGUCCAAGACCAAGGAGGCGCGGAAGCGCCGCGAGGAACGUCUGCAGGCCAAGAAGGAGGAGAUCAUCAAGACCCUCUCCAAGGAGGAGGAGACCAAGAAGUAGAGGCUGCCAGGCUUGUGUACAUAUUGUUUCCAUCAAGGAGUGUUCAAUAAAAGCUCCAGGACUCCUCC